GAUGAACGUAACGUGUGAUGUUGCCUAACCAGCGCCCGUCUUCCUGGCAUGGCGCCUCGGCCCUCGACCUACGUAUCUUUAUUAUCUUAAAUUUCUCGUGACUUUUUCAUUCGAAACGGCUAAAAAGAUUAAGCACCGAUUCAAAAUAGACAAGAAAAAGAAAAAAGAAGGAUUAAUAGACAAGAAAGACGUCUCGUCUUGCAGAAAGAGCAGAGAUGUCUAACUUAUACUCGAAGAUCACCGCCAAGCCGUUGCAACGGUAUCAAGAUAACGUCACGGUCAAGCAAACCAAUGCUUGGGUCAACGCGGAAUCUCCGAGCAAUGUAUCAGAUUCCCCACCAUCGGUAAGCCCUCUGUCUUCUUCCAUUGUAUUGCAGCGAGAGGGAAUAAUAAAUCAGCCCCCUAGUGCUCCUACAUCACCACUGUCUUCCUUAUCAUCGCCCGUAACUCAUUUGAAUCUUUCAUCACCCGAAGACUGUACACAAGAUCCUAAUUGGCAAGCAACAAAAACUACGGUCCGUGAACGUAAUGCUGCUAUGUUCAAUAACCACCUCAUGGCAGAUAUUAUUUUUAUUGUUGGUAGUCCAGGUCAUACACAAACUAUACCAGCGCACAAGUAUGUCUUAGCUACUGGUAGUUCCGUAUUUUAUGCUAUGUUUUAUGGUGGACUAGCAGAAAAUAAACAAGAUAUAGAAGUACCAGAUGUAGAGCCAGCAGCUUUCCUUGCGCUGUUAAGGUAUAUGUACUGUGAUGAAGUACAACUAGAAGCUGAUACAGUUUUAGCAACCCUUUACGUUGCUAAAAAAUAUAUAGUUCCACACUUAGCACGUGCAUGUGUCAAUUAUUUGGAAACAAGUUUGACUGCUAAGAAUGCAUGUUUACUUCUAAGCCAAUCUCGAUUAUUUGAAGAACCAGACCUUAUGCAACGAUGCUGGGAAGUUAUAGAUGCUCAAGCAGAAAUGGCACUAAGAUCCGAUGGUUUUGUAGACAUUGACAUUCAUACACUUGAAUCUGUCUUAUCUCGAGAAACAUUAAAUUGUAAAGAGAUUUAUGUGUGGGAUGCUGCAUUAAGAUGGGCUUCUGCUGAGUGUUUAAGACAAGAUCUUGAGCCCACAUCCGCGAAUCAACGACAAUUAUUAGGAUCUGCCUUGUAUCUAAUUCGACUUCCAGCUAUGAAUUUAGAGGAAUUUGCUAAUAGUGCCGCACAAACUGGUAUACUGACACAACAAGAAACAAUAGAUGUUUUUCUACACUUCACUGCAAGUAAUAGACCGAUGCUGUGCUUUCCCACAAAAGCUCGACAAGGAUUAAAAACUCAGGUUUGUCAUAGAUUCCAAUCAUGCGCUUAUAGAUCAAAUCAGUGGCGCUACAGAGGAAGAUGUGAUUCAAUCCAGUUCAGUGUUGACAAAAGAAUUUUUGUGGUUGGUUUUGGUUUAUAUGGAAGCUCUACUGGUGCUGCGGACUAUAAUGUUAGAAUAGAACUUAAGAGGCUGGGCUGUGUCUUGUCAGAAAAUAGUACAAAAUUUUUUUCUGAUGGAUCAAGCAGUACAUUUCACGUGUACUUUGAAAAUCCUAUACAAAUAGAACCAGAGUGCUUUUAUACAGCAAGUGCAAUACUCGAUGGUGUAGAAUUAAGUUAUUUUGGUCAAGAAGGUAUGACAGAGGCUACGGUUGGCAGUGUAAACUUUCAAUUUCAGUGUAGUUCUGAAAGUACUAAUGGUACAGGUGUUCAAGGUGGACAGAUACCUGAAUUGAUUUUUUAUGGACCACCGUCAGAUGAUUGAUGUAAAUUUAUAAUGUGAGUAACACUUUAAUCAAAGUGUUUUCUUUUUGCGAACAAAAAAAAAUCUUGUAGGUAUUCAGUGGCUAUCAUUUUAAACGAAACUUGCACACUUCGUCAGCCUGUUAAGUGACAAGUUAAAUUUAGUAGAGUGAAAUUCUACUGUGUGGGAAUUUGCACAUGAUAUGUAUAUUCUAUGAUGAAAAUAGUUUAGUACACAGAUCUUGUAUUAAAAUAUACCCACUUAGUAGAAUAUUUUACUCUAUGCACAACUAUAUCUUGCAACAGAGAAUGUAUUGCAAGCAAUAUUGUCACUCUACAGAUUUUAGUAAAUAA